AUGGAUUCACCGCGCUGCCAUUCCAGCAACAGUGUUGCUAUUGCGGCACACUUUGACCCCAUCAUUCGCCUACGCGUGUACCGACGUCGCGACAUCACAGCUCUGGCGCCGGACACCGCGGAGGCGUUUGACCUGAGCCACGAGUUUGUGCUGCUUCGACCAGUGCCGGAGGCCUACCUGGAGCGCGUAAGCACCUCUCCGGAGCUCCGAAGUUGUCUCGCCGAACAUGAGGAGUAUUAUUCGGUGAAAAAGCUGCAGCCGACGGACUUUCUUUCAUCGCCAUUACGUUUGGAAAACGUUUUUGUCGCCGCAUCACUAAGCCUGUGGAGAGACACUCGACACACCAAUGACCUUGUUGAGGCUGCACGGGACCGUUUCUUGCACGGCGUGGGAAAAAAGCGUCAAGCAAAGAAGAGCAAACUGCCUGUCCGUCUCUUUCUCCGAUUUCUUAAUGAACUGCUCGUGGACGUGGUGGUCCUGUCGAGCGACAGAAAGUCCGUGCUUGUGUCGAGGGCCAGCACCGCCCAUCGCCCCUCUACGGCCACUGUCGCCAACCUGGGAAGACCAUCCUGCCCGAGUUUUCGCACCCUUGUCGCGUUGGAGUUUAGCCCUCGCGAGGGGUGCUGGAGUCCGUUGCAGCUUCCGGUGCGGCUCCAAACCCGACAGCCGACAGUCGAGCUCCCCAAAACCCCUGACAGCCAGAAGUCCAGCGUCGCGUCAAAUUUACUCAGGACGCGUGUGUCCACGGCUACCUACGGCGAACUGGCGCAGAGCUGCAACCUGGAGACGAUGAUGCUUGACCGAACGGUCUACAAUCCGCAACGAGUACCUGCAAGACUGGGUGCGGAGGUGCAGACUGUGGAAGGGGGCAAGGAUGGAACGUCGCCUCCGCCAAACUCACCCUUUGCUGGGAUGAGGUAUCCCAACAUCAGGCAACUGGACCUUCAGCUAAUAGAGGUGUUGCGGCGCGGUUUACACCCAGCUCUGCGUCUUAACCGUAUUCGUUUUUUUUUACCCUCACAUUUGCAGUCGCUGCGUUUGCUGUCGGCCUGGUGCUACUCAUUUACGUUAGAGCUACCCUAG